AUGGCUUCUCAAAACCAGCUCCCAAUUGCAAUCCCUAAAGACCUCCCCCAAAUGGAGGAAGAAAUCAACUUCUCCGAAAGGGCCCAGUGGCUCCGAGCCGCAGUGCUGGGGGCCAACGACGGCCUGGUCACCAUCGCGGCCCUAAUCCUGGGCGUCGGAGCCCUAAAACACGACGCCCAGGCCAUAAUCCUGGCCGGCUUCGCUGGCCUCUUCGCCGGAGCUUGCAGCAUGGCCAUCGGAGAGUUCGUGUCCGUGUAUACUCAGCUGGACAUUGAGAGAGCUCAGAUCAAGAGAGAGAAAGCGACAAUGGCCGGAAACGGUGGGGCGGAGGAGGCGGAGAGGGAGGCGCUUCCGAACCCUUGGCAGGCGGCCGCGGCCUCGGCCAUCGCGUUCUCGUUGGGGGCCGUGCUUCCGUUGCUCGCAGCUGCGUUCGUGGAGGACCAUAGGGUCCGGCAGGGGGUGGUGGUGGCGGCCACCACCGCGGGCUUGGUGGGGUUCGGAGGCGUUGGGGCGGUGCUCGGGAGGACUAAGGUGGUGAGGUCUUGUGUGAGGGUUGUGGUGGGUGGGUGGAUGGCUAUGGCUAUCACAUUUGGUCCCAUUAAGUUGCUCGGGUCGAGCGGAUUUGAGAUGUGA